UUUACCGUGUCCGGAAGUGCUGUGGCUCUUUUGGCCAGCUUUGUGUUUCACUCUUUCAUUGCGGACUUUAACGUUUACCGUGGCCAACUCAAGCUAAAAAUUGUGAUUUAUUUCGGUUUAACUAAGCGACCGCAUGUGGUUGUUUAACGUACACCGCACAGAGAGGACGUGUCGCAGCUAGAAACUGUGGAUAAAAAGCUAAGUGGCAUGCUAGAUGGCUAGCUAGCUAGCUAGCUGAGACUCUAAGAGGCUGCCAGCUGACUGUUGGUUUAUGUUUGUUUACAGUUCAUUUUACAGAUUCGGUUCAAGUCAAAACGGGCCAAAAGAAGCCUGUUCACAUUCUCCAGGUGUAAAUGGGCCGCGGUUUAACUUCACUGUUCAGGUAGCAGUGAUGCUGAGGUAACGGGGACAUAAAUACUGUAACUGGUCGAGUUUGUGGAGCUUGAAAAUGGAUGAGAAAUACAGCAGCAACGUGCUCUCAGGGGGGAAACUGGGCAUGGUCGAGGUGCCCAAUUCUAGGUUAACCAGGUACAUAGUUUUACUGGUUGUCUCGAAGGUCCUCAAGGCUCUUGGGAUCUUUGAAUCGUACGACAUCCUAAAAGUUGUUCAUAUUGUCCAGUUUAUCUUCAUAUUAAAAUUAGGGAGCGCCGUUAUUCUGCUUUUCUUUCAAAAACCUUUCUCCUCUGGCAAAGUCAUCUCAAAAAGACAGUGGAUAAAGUUAGUAAAGCAUGCGGUUUUCAGCUGCGUCAUAUCGCUCCUGGGAUUCUUUGGUCUAACUCUCUGUGGACCUUUAAGGACGUUGCUGCUUUUCGAGCACAGUGACGUGGUUGUCAUUGCUCUCCUUGGUGUCCUGUUCACAAGCUCAGGAGGGGGGCCAUCCAAGGUGGGGGGACACAAAUUCACACAACUAGUUUGUAAUCAGAAACUUUCAUUUCUAAAAACAUGUUUCACCUUCUCUGCUGUGACUGUGUGCAGACCAGAGGCUGCUGCUUUCUUCAUCAUCGCUGUGAUCUGCCUCCUCCUCUUUGACAACGAUGAUCUCAUGGCAAAGAUGGCCGAGCACCCUGAGGGACAUCACGACAGCGCGCUCACUCAUUUCCUCUACACCGCAAUUUCAUUUUUGGGGGUUGCGGAUCACAAAGGUGGUGUUGUGUUGCUGGUCGCCUCCCUGUGUCUGAAGGUGGGCUUCCACACGGCCUCCAGGAAAUUAUCAGUGGAAAUUGGUGGCGCCAAACGUCUCUACGCCCUGGACAACCUGGUGUCUGCCAUGGUGCUGCUGCCCUGGGUCAUAGUGCUCUCAGCAACCACAGAGAGUAAAGUAGAAUCGUGGUCGUCCCUCAUCCUGCCGUUCGGGAUGAUCAUCUUCUCUGUGAUGAUCCUGGAGUUCUACGUCGAGGCCAUCUGCAACGCAAAGAUGGAGACGCCGAGGUGCGCCCGCUACGGCACCAUCGCCCUCUUCCUCAGCGCCCUGCUGCUGGCCAACUUCUGGACUCACCCGCUGACCGACCAGCUGCGCUCCAUGAGCAAACCUCCCCAGCAGGUCAGCACGGAGCAUGUGCUCUCCGGAGGAGUGCUGGUCAGCGCCAUCUUCUUCAUCAUGUCGUCCAGUAUUCUCUCGUCUCCAUCAAAGAAAGGUCAGAAGGGCACCUUGGUGGGUUACUCGCCUGAGGGGACUCCUCUCUACAACUUCAUGGGCGACGCCCUGCAGCACACAUCGCAGUCCCUCCCACGGUUCAUCAAAGAUUCACUCAAACAAAUCCUGGAGGAAUAUGACUCCAGACAAAUCUUCUACUUCCUGUGUCUCAACCUGGCUUUUACCUUCGUGGAGCUGUUUUAUGGGGUUUGGACCAACAGCCUGGGGCUGAUCUCUGACGGCUUCCACAUGCUGUUUGACUGCUCUGCUUUAGUCCUGGGCCUGUUCGCUGCCCUCAUGACCCGCUGGAAAGCCACCAGGAUCUUCUCCUACGGGUACGGUCGUGUUGAAAUACUUUCUGGAUUCAUCAACGGCCUGUUCCUGAUGGUCAUCGCUUUCUUUGUCUUUGUGGAGUCAGUCACCCGUUUGUUGGAUCCUCCUAAUAUAAACACAGACAUGCUGACUCCGGUGUCUGUCGGAGGCUUACUGGUCAACCUAGUGGGUAUCUGCGCUUUCAGUCACGCUCACUCCCACGGUGGCAAAAGCUGCUCGUCGCACGACCACGGCCACUCGCACCACGGCCACUCCCACAGCGAGCAUGGCCACGGAGGUCACGGCCACUCUCACGGAGGACAUGGACACGGCGGGCACGGGCACGGCGGACACGGGCACUCCCACGGCUCGGCCGGCGGAGGCAUGAACGCUAACAUGAGAGGUGUUUUCCUUCACGUCCUGGCCGAUACUUUAGGCAGCGUCGGUGUGAUCAUCUCCACCAUCCUCAUCCGGCAGUUCGGCUGGUUGAUCGCUGACCCCAUCUGCUCGCUCUUCAUCGCCACGCUCAUUUUUCUCUCUGUCAUCCCUCUGCUGAAGGACGCCUGCGAAGUCCUUCUUCUACGAACUCCACCAGAGCAUGAGAAGGACCUGAACAGUGCGCUGGAGAAGAUCGAGAAGAUUGAAGGAGUUUUGUCGUACAGAGACCCUCAUUUCUGGAGGCAUUCAGCCAACAUGAUCGCAGGGACCAUCCACCUCCAGAUCAUGUCAGACGUGGUGGAGCAGAGGAUCAUACAGCAGGUGACGGCCAUCUUGAAAGAUGCCGGGGUGAAUAAUCUGUCGGUCCAGGUGGAGAAGGAGGCGUACUUCCAGCACAUGUCCGGACUCAGCACCGGAUUUCACGAAGUUCUGGCGAUGACGCAGCAGAUGGAGUCCAUGAAAUACCUGAAAGACGGGACGUGUAUCAUGUAACGUCCACCUGUGGCGACCAAAUAAAACUUUAGCGAUUCUUUUUUCCAUUGAAAUGUACAGUGUAUGUAUGUGGUUUAAAUAAAUCUGAAUAUAUUGGUUUUA